ACAAACCUCUGCUCGUGCGGUGGAUCCGCUGUCCCGUCUGCCUGCGGAGCCUCUUGUCCGAACGCGGGUGCUGCUGCUGUUCCUUGGUUGGGCCGACGUUUAAUCAGCUCGAAGGGUGAAUUUAUUCCCAGGACGAACUUUUAUCAGAACAUUUGGCGGUUUUGCGUCUUUCUAUCCAGACUUUGGUUUAACCAAGAUGGACACGGGCUGUCUGCCGGUCGGGGACUAGAUAACGACCUCGCCCUCCAAAUCUCAAUGUAGACUUUAUUUUUCCAUCCGCUCAAAAGUACUUAUUCACCGGACUGGGUCGUUUCCCUCCCAGAGGUCGCGUCCUAUAAUGAACAUUUCCUCCUAAAGUUGCCGUGAACUUUCCCACGACAGAGCCAUGUCGGGGGUGGUGCGCACCCUGAGCCGCUGCCUCCUCCCGGCCGAGGCCAGCCGGGACCCGGGCAGCAGCAAGGACCGGAGCCGCGAGCGGGACGCGGCGCAGGAGCGCGAGGCGCGGCGCCGCAGCCGGGAGAUAGACGCGAUGCUCGCCCGCGAGCGGAGAGCCGUGCGCCGCCUGGUGAAGAUCCUGCUGCUCGGGGCCGGAGAGAGCGGAAAGUCCACAUUCCUCAAACAGAUGCGCAUCAUUAAUGGACACGAGUUUGAUCAGAAAGCGCUGCUGGAUUUCCGGGACACGAUCUAUGAGAACGUGCUGAAGGGCAUGCGAGUGCUGGUGGACGCCCGGGACAAGCUGGGCAUCGGCUGGCAGAGCUGCGAGAACGAGAAGCAGGGCAUGCUGGUGAUGUCGUGGGAGGGACGAGUGGGAGCGUCCGGGGUGGAGCCCGGCGAGUUCCAGCUGUACGUGAUGGCGCUGAGCGCUCUGUGGGCGGACGCCGGCAUCCAGCAGGCCUACGCACGGCGCUCCGAGUUCCAGCUGAGUGAAUCAGUGAAAUACUUCUUGGACAACUUGGAUCGAAUCGGUCAACUGAGCUACAUCCCCAGCAAGCAGGACAUCUUGUUUGCCAGGAAGGCGACCAAGGGCAUCGUCGAGCACGACUUCAUCAUCAAGAAGAUUCCGUUCAAGAUGGUGGACGUCGGCGGACAGAGGUCUCAGCGGCAGAAAUGGUUCCAGUGCUUUGACGGCAUCACGUCCAUCCUCUUCAUGGUGUCGUCGUCGGAGUACGACCAGGUCCUGAUGGAGGAUCGAAGGACCAACCGUUUGGUGGAGAGCAUGAAUAUCUUCGAGACAAUCGUCAACAACAAGCUCUUCCUCAACGUGUCCAUCAUCCUCUUCCUCAACAAAACAGACCUGCUGGUGGAGAAAAUACGCACGGUCGACAUCCGCAAGAACUUCCCCGAGUUCAGAGGAGACCCGCGCCGGCUGGAGGACGUCCAGGCGUUUCUGGUGCAGUCGUUCAGCCGUAAGAGGAGGAACCGAGGCAAACCCCUGUUCCACCACUUCACCACGGCGGUGGACACGGAGAACAUCCGCUUCGUCUUCCACGCCGUCAAGGACACCAUCCUGCAGGAGAACCUCAAAGACAUCAUGCUGCAGUGACCUCCCCGCGUGGACGGCGCCUGCUCCGACUUUGAACUGUGGAAACAGCUGCGAGCGCGGGCAUGGAAGCCUGCUACGGCCCCCGAGUGCACGGUGGCACUGACCCGUGGACCCAGAGCGGACCUAACUAAACCUGUGGAGGCCACGCCGGCCCACUUCGACCCCUGUGGACACUGAGAGACAUGUAACCUGUAAAAAUGUGUGUAUGCCCAAGAAGCAUCCUGUAGCGGUUGCUAGCUUAACGUGCAGGUGAAGACAAAAGGAGAAAACACCCACUACAGGACCUGAGCACUGAAAGUGUUUUUUUCUCAGAUGUAAAUAUGGCAAUUGACAAAUGUGUCACUAAAGAAGACUGAUAAAGCUGUGUGGGAGGAGCGAGGAGGAGCAGGAGCUCAGACAACUCCGUCUCGCACUCCCCGUCCUCUCCUGCACAAGGUGAAGCUAGCAACGACAUGUUGCUAGCUUCACCUCCGCUUGCGUCUGUGCUCCUCAUCCCGCCGUCAGGCUGCGCAGGAGGCCGACAGCUGCACGUUCCUCGCGCCACAAUGGACGGAUUGUUCCUGUUCUGCCUCUCCAGCAGGUCGCUAGGCUUAAAGUACACGCGCAGCUCCUGGUGUUACAUGAAUCACAUCCAUUCCUGGGUUCCGUGUCGUUCUUCUGUUUCCUUCCGCCUCACCACUAGAUGCACCACAACAGCAUAGACUUCACCUGAGGCGAAGUCCAAGGAGCCUCUUUACAAGAUACGGUUGCACAGCUUGUUCCUGAUGUUCUGUCCUGUCAAUGAGGAAGGAGUCAGAAGGAAAUGAACUGUAAAUGACUUUAUUUCUAUGUUCUAUGGCAGCCAUUUUGUGCUUCUGUAGCAGUCGGGGUGGGGCGUUUUCCCCAAAACAUCAGAACACAUCUCCGCCAGCGGACUUAUUGGUUUUUAGAUGAGUAAAACACUGACACUGCCUUUGUGGUGCCAGCAAAUAAAACAGGUUCUGCAGAGCCAUAGCACAAAUACAGCAACAAGGUUGACGAGACAGAGGAACAUCAAUAUUUUCUCUAAAACUGGUGGAGAACAAACACAAAGCUAAAACUUCACCGACAGCCAUCAGGUGGUUCUAAAUGUGAACGAGGCUCUGAUGCUGUGACAACGCCAGGUUUAUUAAACAUCGCUUCAUGCAUAGCUCCGCAUGGAUUUAAACAUGCAGCCCGUGAACCUGUAUUUCCUGUCUAACAGCUGAUUUCAUUCCCAACAUCUGCAUGAUGCGUGUCUGUCUGUGCAGCAGUAGGAUACAGCUGAGCCGCUGCCCCACCCCGGCUUUUAGGUCCAAAUGGUCAGAGGAGCUUUUCCAUAGGCCGCGUUAUAAUACUGUGUCAUUUGUAUGUGUUCUUACUGUGCAAACCAUUGUUUUACAUCCUAUACAUAGACUUGCUAUCUGACUGACACUGUGUAAACCUCACUGCUGGACCGAGCAUUCUGUCUCCAGCAGUACCACUGUAACUGUAAUGUUGCUGUAACAUAUGUCGUCGACUAACCUACCUUUAUCACACACUCACAUAGAGUUUUGUUGUUGCACUGGAAGCGUGUGAGAGAAGACGGCCCAAAUGGAAAAAGUCUGGGGUAAAAGAAACAGAGGCAAUAAAGCAAAUAAACCGGCGGCGGACUUUGAAAGGCGACCGAGACGAGAAGAUGGAGGUCGUCCGCUCUUGUUUCGUUGUUUCCCAGUGCACUGGCUCUGUGAUCUGUGGUGAAAUACACUGCCUUCUGCUGA